GGCUGAGGACAAGCUGAGCAGCAACCUGGGUUGCUCUUCUUCCCCUGCAUCUGACAGCAGAAGGAAGAACCUCUCAGGAUGUCUUCCAAUAAUGACCCUGUUGUAAUCCCAAUGAUAGAAAGAAAUCCCAAUGACCUUCCUGGAAUGGACACCGGUAAUCCGCGCACAUUGACUGGAGAGGCUGUGCUAAGUUUUCAUAACAUCAGCUAUCAGGAAACAGUUCAGAGUGGCUUUGCAUUUCGCAAAAAAACACGUGUGGUAGAAAGACUAUCAAAUAUCAGUGGGAUUAUGAAACCUGGCCUUAAUGCAAUUAUGGGACCUCAAGAUGGGAGCAGAUCUUUGUUAUUAGAUGUCUUAGCUGCAAGGAAAGAUCCACAUGGAUUAUCAGGAGAUAUUUUGAUAAAUGGAAAACCACGAAUUGCUAAUUUCACAUGUAUUUCUGGUUAUGUGCCACAAAAUGACGUGGUGAUGCACACGGUGACUGUGAGAGAAAAUAUAGAGUUCUCAGCAGCUCUUAGACUUCCAAUGGCUCUAACAGGAGAUGAAAAAAGAAGGCAAAGAAGGCGAAUUAAUGAGGUCCUUGAACUUCUGCAUUUGGAUAAAGUUGCAAAUGUCCAGCCUAGGUCUAAAGAGCUUGAGAAAAGAACCAGUAUAGCAAUGGAGCUGGUCACUGAGCAUUCCAUUUUGUUCUUGGAUGACCCCACCACUGACUUAGACUGGAGCACUACUAGUGAUGUCAUCUCUGUCCUGAGAAGGAUGUCUAUGAGGGGACGGACAAUCAUCUUCUCCAUUAAUCAGCCCCCAUACUCCAUCUUCAGACUGUUUGACAGCCUCACCUUAGUGGCCUCAGGAAAUGUCAUGUUUCACGGGCCUGCACAGGAGGCUUUGGAGUACUUCAAAUCUGCAGGUUACAACUAUGAUUCCCACAACAACCCUGCAGACUUCUUCCUAGAUGUCAUUAAUGGAGGCUUCUCUACUCUAUUAGAUACAGAGGAAGAUGACCAUGAAGCUGACAAAUAUAAAGAGCUUUCUGAGAGACAGCAUGAAGUCACAGAAGAAUUAGCCAAUAUGUAUGCCCAGUCCUCCUUAUACAGCAAAAUGAGAACUGACCUGAAUCGACUCUUGGGGGAACAGAAGGCAGGGAAGAGCUCAGCCUUGGAGGAGAUCACGUGUGUCACCCCUUUCUGGCAUCAGCUCUGGUGGAUUAUCUGUCGUUCAUUUAAAAAUUUUCUGGGUUUUCCAUGGGUCACUGGAAUCCAGGCAAUUAUCAUUAUCAUACUGUCCGUUACUGUGAGUACAGCUUUCUGUGUCCUAAGAAAUGAUUAUACUGAAGUCCAUGCCAGAGCCAGCCUGCUAUUUUUGCUCACAGUCUUCCAGUGUCUCACCAGUGUGACUGCUGGUGAGCUCUUCGUGCUUGACAGUAAUCGCUUUCUACGUGAGCAUUCCAGUGGAUACUACAGAGUGUCAUCAUAUUUUCUUGGGAAAUUGCUGGCUGAGCUGGUACCCAGGAGGUUAUUUCCAACUAUUUUAUUUACUGUUAUAGUAUUCAGCAUAGCAGGAGUAAAAUCAGGUGUGAAGGGUUUCUUCACUAUGUUAUUUACCAUCAUGAUGUUGGCAUAUACUACCAGUUCCCUGCCCCUGUCUAUAGGAGCAGGGGAGAAUACAACAGCACUACCAACAGUAAUUGUGGCCAUCUACUUUGUUUUCAUGCUGUUUUUCUCAGGUCUGUCACUCUAUUCUGGAAGUUUACUACCUGGGCUCUCAUAUAUUCAGUACAUUAACAUUCCGCAUUAUGGAUUUACAGCUUUGCAACAAAGUGAAUUUCUGGGACAAAAUUUUUGUCCAGAAUAUAACACAGCAGAAGUCAGUAGAUGUCAAAACCAAGUAAUAUGUACUGGUGAUGAAUUCUUGAUGAUCCAGGGCAUCGAUCUCUCAUCAUGGGGCUUCUGGAAGAAUCAUGUGGCCUUCGUUUGUAUAAUGAUUGCCUUCUUAUCAAUUACCUAUUUGCAGUUAUUACCUUUUUGGAAAAAGAAACUUUUUAAAUUGCUCUUCCACUUCUUUGGAUUAAUAUGA